AUGAAAGAAAUAGCGGAACAUAUAAGUUGUAUUUCGUUAUAUCUCUUCUCGUGUCGUUGGCGAUCAUUACAACAAAUUGUAACGGAAAGGAACUUAAAAAUCAAGCUGAUCGUCGUGCAGCAGUUCGAACUCGUCGUCGAGGUCGUGGUUCACCAACAUAUAAAGGGUAUGGUCAAGCUGGUUACAAUAAGAAUAAAAAUAAAAGAAAUCGUCCAUGAACACUGGAAAUUGAAUAAUUUUCAGAAUAGAUGA